CGAAGCGAGUCGGCCGCGCCGCUCCGCUCCGCUCCGCUCUUCUUCCCCUUUUGUCCGCCCACCUCGGCCGCUCGCUCGCUCCCAUCUUGAAACCCCAAACCCCACGCCGAAGCGCGCGGAGAUUCCGCGAGAUCUGCCGCCAUGGUCGCCGCAGGCGCAGCGGCGGCCGCGGCGGCCCCGCCCAGGAUGAACCCGUCGCCGUCGCCGUCCCCGCACCGCCGCCGCGCGUCCUCCGCGCUCUCCCCGUCCAAAUCCGCCAACGCCAAUGCCGACGCCGCCAGGGGCAAGCCCAAGGGCAAGGCCGUCCCCUCCCGCUACCUCCUCGCCCCUUCCUCCAAAUCCACCUCCACCUCGACCUCCUCGUCGUCCACCACCACCACCACCACCAGCUCCUCGGCGACCUCCAACUCGACCUCGACCUCCGCCUCCACGCCCUCCCGCCGCUUCGCGUCGCCGCUCCCCAGGCGGUCCGCUUCCGUCGACCGGCCGCGCCCCACGAGCAAUGCGGCUGCUGGUGAGGCCUUGGGCCCCAAUGGGGCUACCGCCACCACCACGAGGUCCACGAGGAGCCUCUCCGUCGCCUUCCAGGGUCGCUCCUACUUCCUGGAGACCAGCAAGGCGAAGCCGGCGACCUCCCCUUCGCCAGUGCGGCGGCCGGUGGCGGCGGCGUCCACCACACCCGAGAGGAGGCGGCCCAGUAUGGGUACAGUGCCUGAGAGGGGGAAGGUGUUUGAAGGUGGUCAGCAGAGGUGGCCAAUGUCCGCGAGGGCUUCCCACGGCUUCGAGGGGAAUCCGCUUACCAAGAGCUUGGAUUGUUCUCUGGACAAGAGGGGUGCCGCUGUACUGGCUGCUGUACGCUCACUGCGUCAGUCGAUGGUGUUCGAGGAUGGGGUGCGGCGUAGCUCGUUUGAUAGUGGAGACUACUUGAUGUCAUCAGACACAGAGAGUGUGUCAUCAGGGAGCAAUUCUGGGUCUCAGGAUGCUGGCAUGGGCAUUUCUCACAGAGCGCGCCCGUCCCCAAAGGGGAUGAGUGUGCCUGCACGGUUCUUGCAGGAUGCGGCGGCCAGCAGGCCGAAUCGCCUUGCAGAUCCAAGCACACCAUUCAUGACGCAUAGCUCUGGGUUUGCAUCAUCUCCCAGGACAGCACCAGUCAAGAAAUCAUCGUUGAAUGGCUUGGUUUCGUCUCCUCUGAACAGGCCAAUUAGGCAACCUUCACCAAGUAAGCUUGUAGGAUCACGGAGAAUGUCAAGUCCAUCCCGAGCAAGGAGUUCUGUGGGGGUGAGUGCAUCAUAUGGAGAUCACCAUGGAAGAAGUUCAUCUGGAUAUGGGUUGGAUGGUGAAGUGAAAAGGAGGUGGCUUGGGUGUAGUAAGGUUGACUGUGAGCACCUAUUGAGGAUUUUAUGCAAUCGACAUUUACAGUGGCGGUGUGUAAAUGCACAAGCUGAUGCUGCACUUGCCACACAGAAGAUGACUGCAGAGAAAUACUUAUGUGAUGCAUGGAUUACUACCUUAGGAAUGCGUAAAUCUGUUGCUCUUAAAAGGUUUCAGCUACAACUAUUCCGGAACAAUUGGAAACUCAUGACAGUUCUCAAGGGACAAAUGGACUUUCUGGAGGAGUGGUCUUUAUUAGAGAGGGAUCAUGCAAAUUCUCUAUCUGGGAUUGUGGAAGCUCUGACUGCCACCAUACUGUGCCUUCCUGUUACUGAUGGAGCAAAGGCUGAUAUCCAAGAUGUGAAAAAUGCUGUUGGCUCCGCAGUUGACAUCAUGCAGACAAUAGGAAGUUCGAUAUGUACUUUGCUGGCCAAGCUAUCUGGGACAAGCGUUUUGGUAUCUGACCUUGCUAAAAUCGCUACACAAGAACGCACUCUAAUGGACCAAUCCAGAGAAUUGCUGUCCACACUUGCAUCUAUGCACGUCAAAUACUGUAGCCUGCAAGGGCAAAGAGUACAGACAACCCACAGGAGGCGCAUGCGUUAGUAGAGCAGACUACUCUUAACUCACUAACCGAAGACCGUAGUUGCAGUUGCAAAAUCUGAUUGGCUUGCUGGGUGCCCACCGACUCUCCGAAGUUAUGAAGAAGCUAUCGCAGCCCGUUAAUACAAAUCCAAUUCUAGUGCUCUUUUGGCUCUUUUUUCUUUGUUCGAUAGGUUCUGAUUGCUGAGUUGAGCUAUGCCAAGCCUAUGCAGAUUGCAGAACAAAUUAAACGCAACUUGUAUAUAGUUGUAAUUUUAGGUGAGCAUUAGGUCUAACUAAUUUAAGUGUUCUUUUUUGUUCGUUGGAUGACCUUCGGUGCCAUCAGCCAUGGGAAUGCAGUAUAUCCUCUAUUCUUCUAGCCAUACUAAUUAAUAUCU